CGUGCGGUGCAGCGCGGCGGGGCUCCGCCACCAUGGACCGAGCGGGGAUGCGGCGGUGAGGGCGGCGGGGCCGGGCGCUGCCGCGAUGCUCCGCCGCAGCCUCAGCCGCCUGUGUGCUGGGGAGGAGAAGCGGGUCGGUACACGCACUGUGGUGGUCGGGCACCGGCCGGUUUCGGAAACAGAUGCAUACGUGGCACAGAAGUUCUGCGACAACAGGAUCGUCUCCUCCAAGUACACCCUCUGGAACUUCCUCCCGAAGAACCUGUUCGAGCAGUUUAGAAGAAUUGCCAACUUCUACUUCCUCAUCAUCUUCCUUGUGCAGGUGAUAGUGGACACCCCGACCAGCCCAGUGACCAGCGGCCUCCCUCUCUUCUUUGUCAUCACUGUCACAGCUAUCAAACAGGGAUACGAGGACUGGCUGAGGCACAGAGCGGACAACGAAGUGAACAAAAGCAAUGUUUUCAUUGUGGAAAACGCAAAGCAAGUGCGGAAGGAGAGUGAAAAAAUCAAGGUUGGAGACAUAGUAGAAGUGAAAGCAGAUGAGACCUUCCCCUGUGACUUGAUAUUUCUGGCCUCAAGCAGCACUGACGGGACGUGUUAUGUCACUACAGCCAGCCUUGAUGGCGAGUCCAAUUUCAAGACUCACUACGCAGUGCGGGAUACUACUGUGCUCUGCACGGAUGAAGCCAUCGAUACCCUCACUGCUACGAUUGAGUGUGAACAGCCACAGCCUGACCUCUACAAGUUUGUUGGAAGAAUCAUCAUCUACAGAAGUAACCAAGAGCCCGUAGCCAGGUCUUUGGGUCCUGAAAACCUGUUGCUGAAAGGUGCUACCCUCAAAAAUACCAAGAAGAUUUAUGGCGUUGCAGUCUAUACUGGAAUGGAAACGAAAAUGGCUUUGAACUACCAAGGGAAGUCUCAGAAACGAUCUGCUGUAGAAAAAUCUAUCAACGCUUUCUUGAUAGUGUAUUUGUGCAUCCUAUUGAGCAAGGCCACUGUGUGCACCACUCUGAAGUAUGUGUGGCAGAGUAAUCCCUUUAAUGAUGAGCCUUGGUACAACGAAAAGACUAAGAAAGAGAGGGAGACGUUCAAGGUCCUGCGCAUGUUCACGGACUUCUUGUCAUUUAUGGUCCUCUUCAAUUUCAUUAUCCCAGUCUCCAUGUACGUUACGGUGGAGAUGCAGAAGUUCUUGGGCUCCUUCUUCAUCUCCUGGGACAAGGAGAUGUAUGAUGAGGAAAUAAAAGAGGGGGCAUUGGUGAACACCUCAGACCUGAACGAAGAGCUUGGGCAGGUGGAAUAUGUCUUCACGGACAAAACUGGGACCCUGACAGAGAACAGCAUGGAGUUCAUUGAGUGCUGCAUCGAUGGGCACAAGUACAAGGACUGCAUUUCAGAGGUGGAUGGCUUCUCUCAGACCGAUGGACCCCUAAAGUACUAUGGCAAAGCAGAAAAGAGCCGUGAGGAGCUGUUCCUGCGAGCCCUCUGCCUGUGCCACACUGUCCAGAUCAAGGAAGCAGACCAAGUGGAUGGGCUGAUGGGGCAACCGGAACGCAAAUACACCUACAUCUCCUCUUCCCCAGAUGAGAUUGCUUUGGUGAAAGGCGCAGAAAAGUAUGGUUUCACUUUUCUAGGACUUGAAAAUGAUUUCAUGAAAAUCCGAAACCAAAAGAACGAAACUGAAAUGUAUCAACUUCUCCAUGUGUUGAACUUCGAUCCUGUCCGUCGCCGUAUGAGCGUCAUUGUGAGAACCACCACAGGGAAGUUGCUUCUCUUCUGUAAAGGAGCAGACUCCUCUAUUUUUCCAAGGGUGCAGCAAGAAGAAAUCCAACAAACAAAAGUUCAUGUGGACCGCAAUGCUAUGGAUGGCUACAGAACGCUGUGCGUGGCCUUCAAAGAACUCACUCAAAAGGAGUAUGACAAAAUAGACAAACAACUGAAUGAAGCAAAGAUGGCUCUGCAGGACAGGGAGGAAAAGAUGGCAAAGGUUUUUGAAGACACAGAAGCAGACAUGCACUUGAUUGGGGCUACAGCUGUAGAAGACAGGCUGCAGGAGCAGUUGGCAGAGACGAUUGAAGCUCUGCACGCAGCUGGCAUGAAGGUCUGGGUGCUGACAGGAGACAAGAUGGAAACGGCCAAGUCCACGUGCUACGCCUGCAGGCUCUUCCAGACCAGCACCGAGCUGCUGGAGCUGACGGCGAGGACGGUGGGCGACAGCGAGAGGAAGGAGGAUCGGCUCCAUGAGCUGCUGAUGGAGUACCACAAAAAGCUGAUUCAGGAUGUUCCCAAAAGCCGGGGGGGAUUGAAGAGAAGCUGGACCUUCACCCAAGAGUAUGGCCUGAUUAUAGAUGGCUCAACACUGUCGCUGAUACUGAACCCUUCUCAGGACUCUGGUUCUAGUAAUUACAAGAACAUCUUUCUGCAGAUCUGCUUGAAGUGUGCUGCAGUCCUCUGCUGCAGGAUGGCUCCCUUGCAGAAAGCACAGAUUGUGCGGAUGGUGAAGAACACCAAAGGGAGCCCCAUAACGCUCUCCAUAGGGGAUGGUGCAAAUGAUGUCAGUAUGAUUCUGGAAGCCCAUGUUGGAAUAGGUAUAAAAGGCAAAGAAGGACGUCAGGCUUCCAGAAACAGUGACUAUGCUGUGCCAAAGUUUAAACAUUUAAGAAAAUUGCUACUAGCACAUGGGCAUUUAUACUACGUGAGAAUUGCACACCUUGUACAGUAUUUCUUCUAUAAGAACCUCUGCUUCAUUUUACCGCAGUUUUUAUACCAGUUCUUCUGUGGAUUCUCACAGCAGCCACUGUACGAUGCUGCUUAUCUUACCAUGUACAACAUCUGCUUCACAUCACUACCCAUCCUGGCUUACAGCCUCCUGGAGCAGCACAUCAACAUCGACACGCUGACCUCGGAUCCUCAACUCUAUAUGAAGGUUUCUGAUAACGCCAUGCUGCAGUGGAGGCCGUUCCUGUACUGGACCUUUCUGGGCGCUUUUGAAGGACUCGUGUUUUUCUUUGGGGUUUAUUUUCUUUUCCAAAACUCAUCGUUGGAAGAUAAUGGAAAGGUUUUUGGGAAUUGGACCUUUGGGACGAUUGUUUUCACUGUGCUGGUGUUCACCGUCACGCUGAAGCUAGCACUAGAUACCCGAUUCUGGACGUGGAUGAACCACUUUGUGAUCUGGGGCUCCCUUGCCUUCUAUGUGUUUUUCUCAUUCUUCUGGGGAGGAGUCAUUUGGCCUUUCUUGAAGCAGCAAAGAAUGUAUUUUGUAUUUGCCCACAUGCUGACUUCAGUUUCCACGUGGCUGGCAAUAAUCCUCCUGAUCUUUAUCAGCCUUUUCCCAGAGAUCCUUCUAAUAGUUUUCAGGAGUAUGAAAGAGAAGAACCAUCAGAGCAGCAGGAAGGCACCUGAUUCAGUGUCGGCCAGACCUUCUGUCAGACCACUUCUUUUCAGAGCAUUCUCAGAUGAGUCUAAUGUGUUGUAACAGACUGACCCCUUUGAUCUGCCUAUGUUAGUCUCGUACAAACGUAUAGAGAAUGGUUACGUGAAGAACGAAGAUGCUGUUACUAAUCUGGCAGAAAGAUAUCCUCUCAGGAUACUUUGAAGUGCUCCAUGCAAACACUGCAUCUUGUCAUGCUGUAGGAAAAACCAUGGUCUUAACCGUACAGUUCUCUUUAGUCUCACCAAGAACAGUAAGCAGCCGUGCUGAUAAAGCAGUAGCCAGGGCACCGGCCCCAUGGUACCCGUUUGUCUUUGGUCUUGUGGCAUCCCCACCCCCCCAGAAAUGAAACCUACCGAAUUCUACAUCGUUGGAGGCUGAGAAAGCAUCUUUAGGAAUUCAUCCAAAACAGCAUGAAUUGAAGUGCAAGAGAACAACACCAGCCCCAUUUCACACGGGGGCUUCCUCUGCCCAUUGCAGAUCUGUCCAAGCACAGAGCUGCUGACGUCUCUUGCUCUGCCUGACCAAAGAAGUAGCACAGACUUAAACCCCAUAACAGCCCGUUGGGCUCCCCAAAGGCACGGGAAGAGCCUGCUCCUGCAGAUGCAGCCCUGUGAGCAUCCUGCCUGGUGCCAGGGCUGCCCCCUCCCAACUGUGGGUUGCCAGAUGCACGUGGCAGAAAUACUUGAAAAUCCAGGAGGAAUCUUCACCGACAGUGCAUAGUGUUCAGUCACAUACAUCCCUCCUCUGGGAAUGGCUGGAAGCAGCCUGUGGUCUGUCUGCAGUGGUGGUGUCCAUAUGGAGAAGUGCUUGAUGCUCAGGAAGCACCUGAGCAUCCUUCCGCAGACUGUUUGCUGGUGGCUUAAUUCCUGAUGGAGGGGGAAGAAAAGAUCCUUUUCCCUCGUGUUGUGGCUGUUUGUGAUGGAAGGAAGCUGUCGUGGAUGUUGGAAGUUGGGCUGUGCUGAGCCGUUUUGCCCGGGCUCAUGUGGUUGUGCUUACAUUGCUGCACUGUGCAGUUGCUUCAACACUUUAAAGGCCUGAGUGACAGUGCAGCCCUUGGAUGAUCCUGGGGGCAUGGGCUGUGCCUGUAAUCCUGCAGGUUUAUCAAACUGCAUCUUGAGUUAUUUGCACUAAGAAAAAAAGAAGCCGGUUUGAAAAUGAAAGGAAUGCAGGAACUUGGAUUUCAUUUUACAUUUUCUUUGGGUUUUAAAUUGGCAUGUUCUUUUUAAUUCUACCUGUACCACGGUCGCGGGAACUUUCCUCUUUAGGCUGAGGUGAGAUGCCUGAUGUGAUGUUUGGCUUUAUUCUUUUCUCUGAUACGUGGAAAAAGCAACUUUUUUCAUUGUGUGAAGUCAUGAGCAGUGAUGGAGCACCCUGCGUGCCACCACUGUUGGAUGUGAAGGUCCCUCCUCAUGCUGCUUUCCCCUCGCCCUGGUGCGCUGCAGAGUAACCGCUGUGGGAAGUGUUGGAGUCUCAUUCCAGAGGGGCUGUGUUUGGCUCCUGGUCGCUCAGGCUUUGUGUCGCUUCCAUGCAAAGAAGCAACCCUUUGGGACUAGAUGAAGAUACCAUUCAGCAAAUUUCAUUGAAUCACAGACUGCAUUUGGGAGAAUCAAGUCUUGCUCUCCAUGUGCAAUCCCUGAGCUCCAUCUCUGUCUCUGGUGGAAGCAGGAUGCGGAUCAGCUCGGGCAGGUUGUGGUGUGCAUCAUGAGGACUUUGCAAUGGGCCUUACCUGAGUGGGAAAGGGAUGUGCCUAUGGCCAGUGGCUGCUCUUCUGUCAUCCAGCACGGGAGGGGAUGUACGGACAGGACCACUGUAUUAUACACACUGCACUGGCCUCGAUGCAAGUGGUGUUCGUUAGCAACCGCGGCUCGCCUCCUUGCUGCAUGCAAGUAAGGAGCUGCACUUCCAGCAUGUGUUCCAUGGGCAAAGCUUUUAUUUUUCCUUCUUUUUUUUCCCUUUUCCUAGCUAAUUUCAUGGACCUGGACUUCAACUUGCAGACCUUGUCCCAGUCUCAACUUUUCUUGCUAACAUGUGGUGCCUACAGAUGAAGCAUACGAUGACUACAAUGAAGAUAAGCUCUAUAUGCCAAAUCUAACCUUUCUCCUUAAAUAUACAGUUGCUGACUUGUGUUUACAUAACCUUUAAAAUGCAGGCACUGAAAUGCCUGAUUCCUGUGAUUCAAAACCAUUCCAAGCCCGGAUGGUCCCAAGCUUGCCACCUUGCUUCUCGGUUUGUUUUGUGUCGUGCUCUGUUCCUACGGUCAAAGUCUGUUCCUGUGGAGGUUUUGCUGGUUACAUUAGUGGGAACAGAGCAGAGCUUGCCAUGUAUGUGUGAACUGUCCCAGUAAAGCCACUGAAACAGGCUCAUUUCUGCAGCCUGUUUUGAGAUGGAACCUUCUGAGAACCAAAUCUUUCUCUUCCCCUUUCCAAGUGUCCGGUCUCGGGAUGGAGUGAGCCAUUGUAAUAGCUGUAUGUUCAAACCCAAGGCAGGGGUGCUGAGGGGCGGGUUGGAAUUAAUGGGAGGCACCUUUUGGGGUGAAAUGCAGGUUUUCUUGGGCUUGGAUCUUCAGCUAGUGCACUGGUGUGGUGUUGGGCAGAAGAAGCUGAGCCUCGUCAUUCAGAAGCAGCAGAAGUGAAAUUCCUGUUGCUGUGGAUGAUUUGAGAUCAGGGCAAACAGGAGACCCUUUUGGGUUGAAAAGGGAAGAAAAAAUGGUGAUAGGAGCUGUAGGGUGUAAGACAGCGGGAUGCUGGAGUGGCAGUAACCUGACAGUGCGAUGCUGUGAUUGUUCAUGUCCCAUACACACAUUGCACUGGUACAGUGCUCAUUAGUGAGCUAAAAGGUCAGUACAGGCUUAUCGGUGGGGAAAACUUGAAGGAAAUAAGGCUGGGGUUUCUUCAUCAGAACCGAUUGAAGCUUAAUCCCUUGCUAGUGAUGCUGCAAGAUAAGAAAUGUAAUUAAGAUUCCCUCUAAAACUGCUUUGUGAUAAUGGAGGAACUCGGUGUAGUCACAGCUACUUCUCAAAAACUAACCCUGAUCCUUCUGAGGAUGUUAGAAAUGACUUGGAAUUGCAGAAAAGCUUCAAAUUGAAUUUGUAUACACACAGAUUGAAAACUUACCUAAUACUGCACCAUUUAUCCAGUUGCCCAGCUCUGGGGUUUUUAAAACCAUGUAGUAUAUAGAAGGUGUAAAUUCUAUACAGGCAACAAGAAGAUACAUUUUCAGCUUCUUGCAGGAAUAUAUAUAUAUAUAAAAAGAGGACUGCAACCUUACAUUUUUUCACUUAAAUGCAAUUUUAUACAUUUAUGUUGCUUUAUAUAAAAAGGAAAUUGAAUGUGAAUGUUACCUUUUCUGAAUGCAACUUGCUCUUUUUUCAUUACAGAGACUUUUGUUUGAAGUAAUCAAUAAACUUUGGUAUGUUGUUCUGAUUAAUAGA